AGAGCAGAAAGCAGCCGGAAGCGGGAGCGAAAGCGCCUCGAGACGCGCCGUGCUCCCGCACACUCCACUUCAUCACACUCUGCUGUGCUCCGCGUCCUCCAAUCCGGCGCCCCCAAAAUCGUCGGAGCCCAAUGGCGGCAGCCUCGCCUCCCUCCCUCCACCUCGCCCUCCUCCUCUUCGCAGUCCGCGCGGCCGUCAGCGGCGCCGCGGGGGCGGUCGGGGUGAGCGGCGGCGGGCAGCUGUGGUGCGUGGCGAAGAACAACGCCGAGGACGGCGCGCUGCAGUCGGCCAUCGACUGGGCCUGCGGCCCCGACGGCGGCGCCGACUGCCGCGCCAUCCAGCAGGGCGGCGCCUGCUACGAGCCGCCCGACCUCCUUGCGCACGCCUCCUACGCCUUCAACGACUACUUCCUCCGAUCCGGCGGCGCCGCCAGCCCCGCCGCCUGCGACUUCUCCGGCGCCGCCGCGCUCAUCGGCCUCAACCCUAGUCAUGGGAACUGCGUGUUUCCUUCCAGUUCAUCCCCCAGAAAUGGCAGCUUCACAGGAAUAACAACCUAUGGUCGGACCGGUGCAGAUUUAAGCCAAAGUUCUUCAUGGCAACUCAACACCUGGUCAUUUAUUUUGUGCAUAUCUCUGUCUGCAACAAUUUUUGUUGUCUCGCGUUUCUGAUGGGUUUGCUUAACUCCUGUCUGCAUGUCUAUGUAUAUGAUAAACUAUUGAGCUGCAGCAAUGCAUUGUGUUUUCCAUA